AUGCUUGCUGCUCGCGAUCAGGAGAACCUGGUGGCCCGCCACCACAGCGGUACGGCUCUGAAGCAACAGCAGAAUGGCCAGCUUGGAACCCGAUACCCAAAGACGCCCAUCAAGAUUCCCUUGAACGAUGAGAAUGCCGGCCACCUCAAGGGCGCUAAGAGCGUCCUUGGCAACCGGACAAAGGGCAAUGAGAAUGCCAUGGCCUCUAAGGGCUUCAAGGGCCAGGACAAGUCAAACUUCGUGACCCCUAUGCAACCACGUAACCGUGCAGUCCUGGGAGACAAGACGACAAACGCCAAGGCCCAAGCACUUCAGACCGUCAAUGUGAAGAGCGCCAUCAAGGAGAUACAAAUGUCCAAGGGAAAGGCUCCUACCACCGUCAAGCCUAAACAGAAACAGCCCCAGGUCGAGACCCAAAAGCUUCUGAUCCAUGCCCAAGUAGAGGAUCCAUUGAGUGAAGAAGAGCCAGAAUAUUGCCCACCUAGGCCAAAAGAUCUCCCAUACGAAUCUGACGUCUUUCCCGAUGGGGUUCUGACAUUCGACAUGCUGAAGCCAGAGAACCGCAUGAAAGGCUUCUACCAGUACUACUUUGACCCGAUCGGAGAGGAUGGUGUCUCCAAGUCUGAAAGAGAAGAGCGCGAGGCAACGCGAAAGGCAUUAGAGGAAGCCGAUAGAAAGAUCAAGGAGGAUUUUGACAAUUUCGAAUGGCCUUCUGUCCAGGAUGAGAUUGAUGAGGCUAACAACGUGAAGCCUUUGAAGUCCAAGCCAACUACAUUGACAACCGCACAAUCCAAGGCCAAGGAAGUGCGACUAGCAACAGCAACCCGUAGACCAUUGAGCUCGUUAACCUCCAGGACCGCUGCAUCUGCGCUCACCAUGGACGACGCUACUAAAUCAUUGCAGCGCAGGACUUUGAAGCCUGUAUUGGCCCCGGUUGCCAGAAAGAAGGCCGCCUCAUUCACCAUCCCACGACUUACGGGUAACAAGUCAGCAGUGCCGCAGCCUCCAGCAGUCCGACGGACACCAAUGGCGAAUAUUGAAGCCAACUCAAGGACGACUCUUGGCUACAACAAAGGUCGCGCUGCUGCAUCAGCACUGUUGUCUGGAACAACCAGGCCAGGUGCAAAGCGGGCUCCAAGCCCUUUUAAACCUAAGGCUGCUGGACUUCCCCGCUCGGCAACGACAGCAUCAACAGACUCAGACAUGACUAUUACGCCAAGUCGCUUUGCAAAGACGCUUAUACCAGCCUCCGUUGACGAUGAGCUUUGGAAGGAACGCGUCCCUUUCUUAUCUAUCUUUCACCCAGAGGAUGAUGAUGAUGACUGCGACUUUGCCGGUGGUCCUCUACCAGAACUGGAAGAUGACGACUUCCAGAUGCAACUGCCUGAGUAA